UUUCAAUGGUUAGAUGGUUUGAUUUUCACUGAAAUUAUGAGUAAGAUUGAUUUUUGACUGGGCAUAAACCUCUGCAAAAUUAACUGGAACAAAAGCUGAAAAAUAAACAUGAAACCGAUCAUUCAUCCACAUGUUUCACUCAUCGCCCCAUGUGACGUCAACCAUAGAAAAAGAAUUUCCACAAAACCUAAGAUCAUUAAAAGUUGUCGCUGAUAUAUUCAUUUAAAAAGUUGUCGCUGAUAUAUUCAUUUACAAAACAAAAAAUUAACUCACACUUUGUCUUUCAAUGGAGAAUGAAUGUUUUCAAUUCCUUUGAUUUCAGUUUCUCUGUCUUCCUGUUUCUAGACUCACGUUUUGCUUUACAAUUGAUGAAAUGGUUCUUUAGUGGGUAUUUCUCGAAUAUUCUGAAGAUAUAUGAUUAUAAGUACAAAGAAAAUAAUACAUAGCGGGAACAAGAUACAUAAAUAUACACGUUUUAGUAAAAUAUAAAUAUGAAGUGGUUCUUUAGUGGGUAUUUCUCGUAUGUUCUUGUUUUAUUUUAACAUGUGUAUAUAUAUAGAGAUAACGGGAACAAAAGCCAUAUCACUUUCUUUCUUCUUUUCCCCUUAUCUAUAUAACUUGAAACCCAAAAAGCUGAUCAGAAAGUUCAAGAAUUUUGAGAAGUGAAAGUAAUGGCAAUAAAAGAUAGAUCACUGGAAGAGACACCAACAUGGGCUCUUGCUGCUGUUUGCUUCGUUAUUCUUUUCAUCUCUAUCAUGAUCGAAUAUUUCUUGCACUUUAUUGGUCACUGGUUUAAAAGGAAGAACAAGAAGGCUUUAUAUGAAGCUCUUGAAAAGGUUAAAGCAGAAUUGAUGCUACUGGGAUUCAUAUCGCUUCUACUUGUUGUACUGCAAUCACCAGUCUCCCAAAUUUGCAUUCCAGAAAGAAUUGCUGCGACUUGGCAUCCUUGUAGUAGCCAACAAGAGCUCGCUAAAUAUAGUAAAGAUUAUAUCGACGAUGGUCGCAAAAUUCUAGAAGACUACGACUCCAACGACUUUAAUAGUCCUCGUCGAAGUUUAGCCACAAAGGGUUAUGACAAAUGCGCAGAAAAUGGGAAAGUAGCAUUGGUGUCUGCAUAUGGUAUCCACCAAUUGCAUAUAUUCAUCUUCGUGCUCGCUGUAUUUCAUAUUCUCUAUUGCAUUAUAACCUAUGCUUUGGGGAAAACCAAGAUGAAGAAAUGGAAAUCAUGGGAGAAAGAGACCAAAACACUUGAGUACCAAUAUGCCAAUGAUCCAGAAAGGUUCAGAUUUGCAAGAGAUACAUCGUUUGGACGUAGACAUUUGAAUAUAUGGAGCAAGUCUUCCUUUACCCUCUGGAUUACAUGUUUCUUCAGACAGUUCUUUGGAUCAGUGACAAAAGUGGACUAUCUUACAUUAAGACAUGGCUUUAUAAUGGCUCAUUUGCCUGCAGGAAGUGAAGCUCGUUUCGAUUUUCAAAAAUACAUUCAAAGAUCUUUGGAAGAAGAUUUCAAGGCUGUUGUGGGUAUAAGCCCAGUGAUAUGGUGCAUUGCUGUCUUAUUCAUAUUGACUAAUACACAUGGAUGGGAUUCCUAUUUUUGGCUGCCUUUCCUCCCUUUGCUUGUGAUAUUAAUAGUAGGAGCAAAACUUCAAGUGAUAAUAUCGAAAUUAGGAUUGAGGAUUCAAGAUAAAGGAGAUGUAGUUAAAGGAGCUCCUGUGGUUGAACCGGGUGAUGAUCUCUUUUGGUUUGGUCGUCCUCGUUUCAUUCUCUUCCUCAUUCACUUGGUUCUUUUCACGAAUGCAUUUCAACUAGCUUUCUUCGUUUGGAGCACCUACGAGUUCACACUCAAGAACUGCUUCCACCACAAAACCGAAGAUAUUGCAAUCAGGAUCACCAUGGGGGUAUUGAUACAAGUUGUAUGCAGCUACAUCACUCUACCUCUCUAUGCUCUUGUGACUCAGAUGGGAAGUUCAAUGAGGCCGACCAUAUUCAACGACAGAGUAGCCAAUGCAUUAAAAAAAUGGCACAAUACGGCCAAGAAACAGGCCAAACAUGGAAACUCAGGGUCCAACACACCCCGGUCGAGCCGCCCCACCACGCCAAAACAUAACCGCAGCCUUGAUCACCUCCUCCACAAUCGUAACCGCAGCCUUGAUCAUCAAACCAGCUUCACUGCAUCUCCUUCUCCUCCUAGGUUAUCUGAUUCUGGCAGACACGGCCAUGGUCCUCAGCAUUUCUUUGAUCCUGAAUCUCAAAAUGUCUCUCCCUACAGUGACAUCACAGAUUUUGAUAACGGCAAUAUUCAGCAACCUCAUGCUGACGUAGCUAGUCCUGUUACAGAAGAGAAAGAGAUUACUGAGCAUGUCAAGAUUGAUUUACCAGAGUUUACUUUUAAGAAGUGAUAUGAGUUCUAUACUGGACUUCUUGUUCAUUCUUUGUAAAUCAUAUAAACUUUGAAAUAAACAGUUCUCGUUCUUUUCUUCUUA